AUGACGUCACCUUCCUCGACUACAGAGCCCCCUGAGACAGUGACAGCCAUCACAUCCGCAAUGAGCAACAGAACAAUUAGUCAGUCAGUGCAGAGCACAACUGAAGAGAUGACGACUGAACCACCAAUCAUGUCACCUUCUUCCACUACAGAGUCUCCUGAGACAUUGACAGCCAUCACAUCCCCAACAAGCAACACAACAAUUAGUCAGUCAGUGCAGAGCACAACUGAAGAGAUGACCACUGAACCACCAAUCACGUCACCUUCUUCCACUACAGAGUCUCCUGAGACACUGACAGCCAUCACAUCCCCAACGAGCAACAUAACAAUUAAUCAGUCAGUGCACAGCACAACAGAAGACAUCACUACUCAACCACCAAUGACGUCACCUUCCUCGACUACAGAGCCCCCUGAGACAGUGACAGCCAUCACAUCCCCAACGAGCAACACAAUUACUCAGUCAGUGCACAGCACAACAGAAGAGAUGACCACUGAACCAUCAAUCACGACACCUUCUUCCACUACAGAGCCCCCUGAGACAGUGACAGCCGUCACAUCUCCAACGAGCAACACAACAAUUAGUCAGUCAGUGCAGAGCACAACAGAAGAGAUGACCACUGAACCACCAAUCACGUCACCUUCUUCCACUACAGAGUCUCCUGAGACAUUGACAGCCAUCACAUCCCCAACAAGCAACACAACAAUUAGUCAGUCAGUGCAGAGCACAACUGAAGAGAUGACCACUGAACCACCAAUCACGUCACCUUCUUCCACUACAGAGUCUCCUGAGACACUGACAGCCAUCACAUCCCCAACAAGCAACAUAACAAUUACUCAGUCAGUGCACAGCACAACAGAAGACAUCACUACUCAACCACCAAUGACGUCACCUUCCUCGACUACAGGGCCCCCUGAGACAGUGACAGCCAUCACAUCCCCAACGAGCAACACAAUUACUCAGUCAGUGCACAGCACAACAGAAGACAUCACUACUCAACCACCAAUGACGUCACCUUCGUCGACUACAGGGCCCCCUGAGACAGUGACAGCCAUCACAUCCGCAAUGAGCAACACAACAAUUAGUCAGUCAGUGCAGAGCACAAAUGAAGAGAUGACCACUGAACCACCAAUCACGUCACCUUUUUCCACUACAGAGUCUCCUGAGACAGUGACAACCAUCACAUCCGCAAUGAGGAACACAACAAUUAGUCAGUCAGUGCAGAGCACAAAAGAAGAGAUGACCACUGAACCACCAAUCACGUCACCUUUUUCCAGUACAGAGCCCCCAGAGACAGUGACAGCUAUUACAUCCCCAACAAGCAACACAAUUAGUCAGUCAGUGCAUAGCACAACAGAAGAGAUGACCACUGAACCAUCAAUCACGACACCUUCUUCCACUACAGAGCCCCCUGAGACAGUGACAGCCGUCACAUCUCCAACGAGCAACACAACAAUUAGUCAGUCAGUGCAGAGCACAAAUGAAGAGAUGACCACUGAACCACCAAUCACGUCACCUUCUUCCACUACAGAGCCCCCUGAGACAGUGACAGCCGUCACAUCUCCAACGAGCAACACAACAAUUAGUCAGUCAGUGCAUAGCACAACAGAAGAGAUGACCACUGAACCAUCAAUCACGACACCUUCUUCCACUACAGAGCCCCCUGAGACAGUGACAGCCGUCACAUCUCCAACGAGCAACACAACAAUUAGUCAGUCAGUGCAGAGCACAACAGAAGAGAUGACCACUGAACCAUCAAUCACGACACCUUCUUCCACUACAGAGCCCCCUGAGACAGUGACAGCCAUCACAUCUGCAAUGAGCAACACAACAAUUAGUCAGUCAGUGCAGAGCACAAAAGAAGAGAUGACCACUGAACCACCAAUCACGUCACCUUCUUCCACUACAGAGCCCCCUGAGACAGUGACAGCCAUCACAUCCCCAAUGAGUAACACAACAAUUAGUCACUCACUGCAUAGCACAACAGAAGAGAUGACCACUGAACCACCAAUGACUACAGAGUCUGCUGAGACAAUGGCAGCCAUCACAUCCGCAAUGAGUAACACAACAAUUAGUCAGUCAGUGCAGAGCACAAAAGAAGAGAUGACCACUGAACCACCAAUCAUGUCACCUUCUUCUACUACACAGUCUCCUGAGACACUGACAGCCAUCACUUCCCCAACGACCAACACAACAAUUAGUCAGUCAGUGCACAGCACAACAGAAGAGAUGACCACUGAACCAUCAAUCACGACACCUUCUUCCACUACAGAGCCCCCUGAGACAGUGACAGCCAUCACAUCCCCAAUGAGUAACACAACAAUUAGUCACUCACUGCAUAGCACAACAGAAGAGAUGACCACUGAACCACCAAUGACUACAGAGUCUACUGAGACAAUGACAGCCAUCACAUCCCCAACGAGCAACACAACAAUUAGAGAAUCAAUGCAGAGUACAAGAGAAGACAUCACCACUGAACCCCCAAAGACAUCACCUUUUUCCACUAAAGAGUCUCCUGAGACAAUGGCAGCAAUCACAUCGGAAUCGAGUAACACAACAAUUAGUCAGUCAGUGCAGAGCACAAAUGAAGAGAUGACCACUGAAUCACCAAUCACGUCACCUUCUUCCACUACAGAGUCUCCUGAGACAUUGACAGCCAUCACAUCCCCAACAAGCAACACAACAAUUAGUCAGUCAGUGCAGAGCACAACAGAAGACAUGACCACUGAACCACCAAUCAUGUCAUCAUCUUCUACUACAGAGUCUCCUGAGACACUGACAGCCAUCACAUCCCCAACGAGCAACAUAACAGUUAAUCAGUCAGUGCAGAGCACAACAGAAGACAUCACUACUCAACCACCAAUGACGUCACCUUCCUCGACUACAGAGCCCCCUGAGACAGUGACAGCCAUCACAUCCGCAAUGAGCAACAGAACAAUUAGUCAGUCAGUGCAGAGCACAACUGAAGAGAUGACGACUGAACCACCAAUCAUGUCACCUUCUUCCACUACAGAGUCUCCUGAGACACUGACAGCCAUCACAUCCCCAACGAGCAACAUAACAAUUAAUCAGUCAGUGCACAGCACAACAGAAGACAUCACUACUCAACCACCAAUGACGUCACCUUCCUCGACUACAGAGCCCCCUGAGACAGUGACAGCCAUCACAUCCCCAACGAGCAACACAAUUACUCAGUCAGUGCACAGCACAACAGAAGACAUCACUACUCAACCACCAAUGACGUCACCUUCCUCGACUACAGGGCCCCCUGAGACAAUGACAGCCAUCACAUCCGCAAUGAGCAACACAACAAUUAGUCAGUCAGUGCAGAGCACAAAUGAAGAGAUGACCACUGAACCACCAAUCACGUCACCUUCUUCCACUACAGAGUCUCCUGAGACAUUGACAGCCAUCACAUCCCCAACAAGCAACACAACAAUUAGUCAGUCAGUGCAGAGCACAACUGAAGAGAUGACUACUGAACCACCAAUCAUGUCAUCUUCUUCUACUACAGAGUCUCCUGAGACACUGACAGCCAUCACAUCCCCAACGAGCAACAUAACAAUAAAUCAGUCAGUGCAGAGCACAACAGAAGACAUCACUACUCAACCACCAAUGACAUCACCUUCCUCGACUACAGAGCCCCCUGAGACAGUGACAACCAUCACAUCCGCAAUGAGGAACACAACAAUUAGUCAGUCAGUGCAGAGUACAAAAGAAGAGAUGACCACUGAACCACCAAUCACGUCACCUUUUUCCAGUAUAGAGCCCCCAGAGACAGUGACAGCUAUUACAUCCCCAACAAGCAACACAAUUAGUCAGUCAGUGCAUAGCACAACAGAAGAGAUGACCACUGAACCAUCAAUCACGACACCUUCUUCCACUACAGAGCCCCCUGAGACAGUAACAGCCGUCACAUCUCCAACGAGCAACACAACAAUUAGUCAGUCAGUGCAGAGCACAACAGAAGAGAUGACCACUGAACCACCAAUGACUACAGAGUCUGCUGAGACAAUGACAGCCAUCACAUCCCCAACGAGCAACACAACAAUUAGAGAAUCAAUGCAGAGCACAACAGAAGAGAUGACCACUGAACCACCAAUCACGUCAUCUUCUUCCACUACAGAGUCUCCUGAGACAUUGACAGCCAUCACAUCCCCAACAAGCAACACAACAAUUAGUCAGUCAGUGCAGAGGACAACUGAAGAGAUGACCACUGAACCACCAAUCACGUCACCUUCUUCCACUACAGAGUCUCCUGAGACAGUGACAGCCAUCACAUCCGCAAUGAGCAACAGAACAAUUAGUCAGUCAGUGCAGAGCACAAAAGAAGAGAUGACCACUGAACCACCAAUCACGUCACCUUUUUCCAGUACAGAGCCCCCAGUGACAGUGACAGCUAUUACAUCCCCAACAAGCAACACAAUUAGUCAGUCAGUGCAUAGCACAACAGAAGAGAUGACCACUGAACCAUCAAUCACGACACCUUCUUCCACUACAGAGCCCCCUGAGACAGUGACAACCAUCACAUCCCCAACGAGCAACACAACAAUUAGUCAGUCAGUGCAGAGCACAAAAGAAGAGAUGACCACUGAACCACCAAUCACGUCACCUUUUUCCAGUACAGAGCCCCCAGUGACAGUGACAGCUAUUACAUCCCCAACAAGCAACACAAUUAGUCAGUCAGUGCAUAGCACAACAGAAGAGAUGACCACUGAACCAUCAAUCACGACACCUUCUUCCACUACAGAGCCCCCUGAGACAGUGACAGCCGUCACAUCUCCAACGAGCAACACAACAAUUAGUCAGUCAGUGCAGAGCACAACAGAAGAGAUGACCACUGAACCAUCAAUCACGUCACCUUCUUCCACUACAGAGCCCCCUGAGACAGUGACAACCAUCACAUCCCCAACGAGCAACACAACAAUUAGUCAGUCAGUGCAGAGCACAACAGAAGAGAUGACCACUGAACCAUCAAUGACAUCACUUUCAUCGACCUCAGAGCCUCCUGAGACAAUGACAGCCGUCACAUCUCCAACGAGCAACACAACAAUUAGUCAGUCAGUGCAGAGCACAACAGAAGAGAUGACCACUGAACCACCAAUCACGUCACCUUCUUCUACAUCAGAGUCUCCUGAGACACUGACAGCCAUCACUUCCCCAACGACCAACACAACAAUUAGUCAGUCAGUGCAUAGCACAACAGAAGAGAUUACCACUGAACUAUCAAUCACGACACCUUCUUCCACUACAGAGCCCCCUGAGACAGUGACAGCCAUCACAUCCCCAAUGAGCAACACAACAAUUAGUCAGUCACUGCAGAGCACAGCAGAAGAGAUCACUUCUCAACCACCAAUCACGUCACCUUCCUCGACUACAGAGUCUCUUGAGACAAUGGCAGCCAUCACAUCCACAACGAGUAACAGAACUAUUAGUCAGUCAGUACAGAGCACAACAGAAUACAUUACCAGUGAACCACCAGUCACGUCACCUUCUUCCACUACAGAGUCUCCUGAUACAAUGACAGCCGUCACAUCUCCAAUGAGGAACACAACAAUUAGCGAGUCAGUGCAGAGCAGAACAGAAGAGAUGACCACUCAACCACCAAUGACGUCACCUUCUUUCACUACAGAGUCUCUUGAGACAAUGACGGCCAUCACAUCCUCAACAAACAACACAACAAUUAGUCAGUUAGUGCAGAGUACAACAGAAGAGAUGACUGAACCAUCAAUCACGUCACCUUCUUCCAGUACAGAGCCCCCUGAGACAGUGACAGCCAUCACAUCCCCAACAAGCAACACAACAAUUAGUCAGUCAGUGCAGAGCACAACAGAAGAGAUGACCACUGAACCACCAAUCAUGUCACCUUCUUCUACAUCAGAGUCUCCUGAGACACUGACAGCCAUCACUUCCCCAACGACCAACACAACAAUUAGUCAGUCAGUGCACAGCACAACAGAAGAGAUGACCACUGAACCAUCAAUCACGACACCUUCUUCCACUACAGAGCCCCCUGAGACAGUGACAGCCAUCACAUCCCCAAUGAGUAACACAACAAUUAGUCACUCACUGCAUAGCACAACAGAAGAGAUGACCACUGAACCACCAAUGACUAGAGAGUCUGCUGAGACAAUGACAGCCAUCACAUCCCCAACGAGCAACAUAACAAUUAAUCAGUCAGUGCAGAGCACAAUAGAAGACAUCACUACUCAACCACCAAUGACAUCACCUUCCUCGACUAUAGAGCCCCCUGAGACAGUGACAACCAUCACAUCCGCAAUGAGCAACACAACAAUUAGUCAGUCAGUGCAGAGCACAAAAGAAGAGAUGACCACUGAACCACCAAUCACGUCACUUUCUUCUACUACACAGUCUCCUCAGACACUGACAGCCAUCACAUCCCCAACGAGCAAAACAACAAUUAGUCAGUCAGUGCAUAGCACAACAGAAGAGAUGACCACUGAACCACCAAUGACUACAGAGUCUCCUGAGACACUGACAGCCAUCACAUCCCCAACGAGCAACAUAACAAUUAAUCAGUCAGUGCAGAGCACAACAGAAGACAUCACUACUCAACCACCAAUGACGUCACCUUCCUCGACUACAGAGCCCCCUGAGACAGUGACAGCCAUCACAUCCGCAAUGAGCAACAGAACAAUUAGUCAGUCAGUGCAGAGCACAACUGAAGAGAUGACGACUGAACCACCAAUCAUGUCACCUUCUUCCACUACAGAGUCUCCUGAGACAUUGACAGCCAUCACAUCCCCAACAAGCAACACAACAAUUAGUCAGUCAGUGCAGAGCACAACUGAAGAGAUGACCACUGAACCACCAAUCACGUCACCUUCUUCCACUACAGAGUCUCCUGAGACACUGACAGCCAUCACAUCCCCAACGAGCAACAUAACAAUUAAUCAGUCAGUGCACAGCACAACAGAAGACAUCACUACUCAACCACCAAUGACGUCACCUUCCUCGACUACAGAGCCCCCUGAGACAGUGACAGCCAUCACAUCCCCAACGAGCAACACAAUUACUCAGUCAGUGCACAGCACAACAGAAGAGAUGACCACUGAACCAUCAAUCACGACACCUUCUUCCACUACAGAGCCCCCUGAGACAGUGACAGCCGUCACAUCUCCAACGAGCAACACAACAAUUAGUCAGUCAGUGCAGAGCACAACAGAAGAGAUGACCACUGAACCACCAAUCACGUCACCUUCUUCCACUACAGAGUCUCCUGAGACAUUGACAGCCAUCACAUCCCCAACAAGCAACACAACAAUUAGUCAGUCAGUGCAGAGCACAACUGAAGAGAUGACCACUGAACCACCAAUCACGUCACCUUCUUCCACUACAGAGUCUCCUGAGACACUGACAGCCAUCACAUCCCCAACGAGCAACAUAACAAUUACUCAGUCAGUGCACAGCACAACAGAAGACAUCACUACUCAACCACCAAUGACGUCACCUUCCUCGACUACAGGGCCCCCUGAGACAGUGACAGCCAUCACAUCCCCAACGAGCAACACAAUUACUCAGUCAGUGCACAGCACAACAGAAGACAUCACUACUCAACCACCAAUGACGUCACCUUCGUCGACUACAGAGCCCCCUGAGACAGUGACAGCCAUCACAUCCGCAAUGAGCAACACAACAAUUAGUCAGUCAGUGCAGAGCACAAAUGAAGAGAUGACCACUGAACCACCAAUCACGUCACCUUUUUCCACUACAGAGUCUCCUGAGACAUUGACAGCCAUCACAUCCCCAACAAGCAACACAACAAUUAGUCAGUCAGUGCAGAGCACAACUGAAGAGAUGACUACUGAACCACCAAUCACGUCAUCUUCUUCUACUACAGAGUCUCCUGAGACACUGACAGCCAUCACAUCCCCAACGAGCAACAAAACAAUUAAUCAGUCAGUGCAGAGCACAACAGAAGACAUCACUACUCAACCACCAAUGACAUCACCUUCCUCGACUACAGAGCCCCCUGAGACAGUGACAACCAUCACAUCCGCAAUGAGGAACACAACAAUUAGUCAGUCAGUGCAGAGCACAAAAGAAGAGAUGACCACUGAACCACCAAUCACGUCACCUUUUUCCAGUACAGAGCCCCCAGAGACAGUGACAGCUAUUACAUCCCCAACAAGCAACACAAUUAGUCAGUCAGUGCAUAGCACAACAGAAGAGAUGACCACUGAACCAUCAAUCACGACACCUUCUUCCACUACAGAGCCCCCUGAGACAGUGACAGCCGUCACAUCUCCAACGAGCAACACAACAAUUAGUCAGUCAGUGCAGAGCACAACAGAAGAGAUGACCACUGAACCAUCAAUCACGACACCUUCUUCCACUACAGAGCCCCCUGAGACAGUGACAGCCAUCACAUCCCCAAUGAGUAACACAACAAUUAGUCACUCACUGCAUAGCACAACAGAAGAGAUGACCACUGAACCACCAAUGACUACAGAGUCUGCUGAGACAAUGACAGCCAUCACAUCCCCAACGAGCAACACAACAAUUAGAGAAUCAAUGCAGAGUACAAGAGAAGACAUCACCACUGAACCCCCAAAGACAUCACCUUUUUCCACUAAAGAGUCUCCUGAGACAAUGGCAGCAAUCACAUCGGAAUCGAGUAACACAACAAUUAGUCAGUCAGUGCAGAGCACAAAUGAAGAGAUGACCACUGAAUCACCAAUCACGUCACCUUCUUCUACAUCAGAGUCUCCUGAGACACUGACAGCCAUCACAUCUGCAAUGAGCAACACAACAAUUAGUCAGUCAGUGCAGAGCACAAAAGAAGAGAUGACCACUGAACCACCAAUCACGUCACCUUCUUCCAGUACAGAGCCCCCUGAGACAGUGACAGCCAUCACAUCCCCAACGACCAACACAACAAUUAGUCACUCACUGCAUAGCACAACAGAAGAGAUGACCACUGAACCACCAAUCACGACACCUUCUUCCACUACAGAGCCCCCUGAGACAGUGACAGCCAUCACAUCCCCAAUGAGUAACACAACAAUUAGUCACUCACUGCAUAGCACAACAGAAGAGAUGACCACUGAACCACCAAUGACUACAGAGUCUGCUGAGACAAUGACAGCCAUCACAUCCCCAACGAGCAAAAGAACAAUUAGAGAAUCAGUGCAGAGUACAAGAGAAGACAUCACCACUGAACCCCCAAAGACAUCACCUUUUUCCACUAAAGAGUCUCCUGAGACAAUGGCAGCAAUCACAUCGGCAACGAGCAACACAACAAUUAGUCAGUCAGUGCAGAGCACAAAUGAAGAGAUGACCACUGAAUCACCAAUCACGUCACCUUCUUCCACUACAGAGUCUCCUGAGACAUUGACAGCCAUCACAUCCCCAACAAGCAACACAACAAUUAGUCAGUCAGUGCAGAGCACAACAGAAGACAUGACCACUGAACCACCAAUCAUGUCAUCAUCUUCUACUACAGAGUCUCCUGAGACACUGACAGCCAUCACAUCCCCAACGAGCAACAUAACAGUUAAUCAGUCAGUGCAGAGCACAACAGAAGACAUCACUACUCAACCACCAAUGACGUCACCUUCCUCGACUACAGAGCCCCCUGAGACAGUGACAGCCAUCACAUCCGCAAUGAGCAACAGAACAAUUAGUCAGUCAGUGCAGAGCACAACUGAAGAGAUGACCACUGAACCAUCAAUCACGACACCUUCUUCCACUACAGAGUCUCCUGAGACAUUGACAGCCAUCACAUCCCCAACAAGCAACACAACAAUUAGUCAGUCAGUGCACAGCAUAACAGAAGAGAUGACCACUGAACCAUCAAUCACGACACCUUCUUCCACUACAGAGCCCCCUGAGACAGUGACAGCCAUCACAUCCCCAAUGAGUAACACAACAAUUAGUCACUCACUGCAUAGCACAACAGAAGAGAUGACCACUGAACCACCAAUGACUACAGAGUCUGCUGAGACAAUGACAGCCAUCACAUCCCCAACGAGCAACACAACAAUUAGAGAAUCAAUGCAGAGUACAAGAGAAGACAUCACCACUGAACCCCCAAAGACAUCACCUUUUUCCACUAAAGAGUCUCCUGAGACAAUGGCAGCAAUCACAUCGGCAACGAGCAACACAACAAUUAGUCAGUCAGUGCAGAGCACAAAUGAAGAGAUGACCACUGAAUCACCAAUCACGUCACCUUCUUCCACUACAGAGUCUCCUGAGACAUUGACAGCCAUCACAUCCCCAACAAGCAACACAACAAUUAGUCAGUCAGUGCAGAGCACAACAGAAGACAUGACCACUGAACCACCAAUCAUGUCAUCAUCUUCUACUACAGAGUCUCCUGAGACACUGACAGCCAUCACAUCCCCAACGAGCAACAUAACAGUUAAUCAGUCAGUGCAGAGCACAACAGAAGACAUCACUACUCAACCACCAAUGACGUCACCUUCCUCGACUACAGAGCCCCCUGAGACAGUGACAGCCAUCACAUCCGCAAUGAGCAACAGAACAAUUAGUCAGUCAGUGCAGAGCACAACUGAAGAGAUGACGACUGAACCACCAAUCAUGUCACCUUCUUCCACUACAGAGUCUCCUGAGACAUUGACAGCCAUCACAUCCCCAACAAGCAACACAACAAUUAGUCAGUCAGUGCAGAGCACAACUGAAGAGAUGACCACUAAACCACCAAUCACGUCACCUUCUUCCACUACAGAGUCUCCUGAGACACUGACAGCCAUCACAUCCCCAACGAGCAACAUAACAAUUAAUCAGUCAGUGCACAGCACAACAGAAGACAUCACUACUCAACCACCAAUGACGUCACCUUCGUCGACUACAGAGCCCCCUGAGACAGUGACAGCCAUCACAUCCCCAACGAGCAACACAAUUACUCAGUCAGUGCACAGCACAACAGAAGACAUCACUACUCAACCACCAAUGACGUCACCUUCCUCGACUACAGGGCCCCCUGAGACAGUGACAGCCAUCACAUCCGCAAUGAGCAACACAACAAUUAGUCAGUCAGUGCAGAGCACAAAUGAAGAGAUGACCACUGAACCACCAAUCACGUCACCUUCUUCCACUACAGAGUCUCCUGAGACAUUGACAGCCAUCACAUCCCCAACAAGCAACACAACAAUUAGUCAGUCAGUGCAGAGCACAACUGAAGAGAUGACUACUGAACCACCAAUCACGUCAUCUUCUUCUACUACAGAGUCUCCUGAGACACUGACAGCCAUCACAUCCCCAACGAGCAACAUAACAAUAAAUCAGUCAGUGCAGAGCACAACAGAAGACAUCACUACUCAACCACCAAUGACAUCACCUUCCUCGACUAUAGAGCCCCCUGAGACAGUGACAACCAUCACAUCCGCAAUGAGGAACACAACAAUUAGUCAGUCAGUGCAGAGUACAAAAGAAGAGAUGACCACUGAACCACCAAUCACGUCACCUUUUUCCAGUAUAGAGCCCCCAGAGACAGUGACAGCUAUUACAUCCCCAACAAGCAACACAAUUAGUCAGUCAGUGCAUAGCACAACAGAAGAGAUGACCACUGAACCAUCAAUCACGACACCUUCUUCCACUACAGAGCCCCCUGAGACAGUGACAGCCGUCACAUCUCCAACGAGCAACACAACAAUUAGUCAGUCAGUGCAGAGCACAACAGAAGAGAUGACCACUGAACCAUCAAUCACGUCAUCUUCUUCCACUACAGAGUCUCCUGAGACAUUGACAGCCAUCACAUCCCCAACAAGCAACACAACAAUUAGUCAGUCAGUGCAGAGGACAACUGAAGAGAUGACCACUGAACCACCAAUCACGUCAUCUUCUUCCACUACAGAGUCUCCUGAGACAUUGACAGCCAUCACAUCCCCAACAAGCAACACAACAAUUAGUCAGUCAGUGCAGAGGACAACUGAAGAGAUGACCACUGAACCAUCAAUCACGUCAUCUUCUUCCACUACAGAGUCUCCUGAGACAUUGACAGCCAUCACAUCCCCAACAAGCAACACAACAAUUAGUCAGUCACUGCAGAGCACAAAAGAAGAGAUGACCACUGAACCACCAAUCACGUCAUCUUCUUCCACUACAGAGUCUCCUGAGACAUUGACAGCCAUCACAUCCCCAACAAGCAACACAACAAUUAGUCAGUCAGUGCAGAGGACAACUGAAGAGAUGACCACUGAACCACCAAUCACGUCACCUUCUUCCACUACAGAGUCUCCUGAGACACUGACAGCCAUCACAUCCCCAACGAGCAACAUAACAAUUAAUCAGUCAGUGCACAGCACAACAGAAGACAUCACUACUCAACCACCAAUGACAUCACCUUCCUCGACUACAGAGCCCCCUGAGACAGUGACAACCAUCACAUCCGCAAUGAGGAACACAACAAUUAGUCAGUCAGUGCAGAGCACAAAUGAAGAGAUGACCACUGAACCACCAAUCACGUCACCUUUUUCCACUACAGAGUCUCCUGAGACACUGACAGCCAUCACAUCCCCAACGAGCAACAUAACAAUUAAUCAGUCAGUGCACAGCACAACAGAAGACAUCACUACUCAACCACCAAUGACGUCACCUUCCUCGACUACAGAGCCCCCUGAGACAGUGACAGCCAUCACAUCCCCAACGAGCAACACAACAAUUAGUCAGUCAGUGCAGAGCACAACAGAAGAGAUGACCACUGAACCACCAAUCACGUCACCUUUUUCCACUACAGAGCCCCCUGAGACAGUGACAACCAUCACAUCCCCAACGAGCAACACAACAAUUAGUCAGUCAGUGCAGAGCACAAAAGAAGAGAUGACCACUGAACCACCAAUCACGUCACCUUUUUCCAGUACAGAGCCCCCAGUGACAGUGACAGCUAUUACAUCCCCAACAAGCAACACAAUUAGUCAGUCAGUGCAUAGCACAACAGAAGAGAUGACCACUGAACCAUCAAUCACGACACCUUCUUCCACUACAGAGCCCCCUGAGACAGUGACAACCAUCACAUCUCCAACGAGCAACACAACAAUUAGUCAGUCAGUGCAGAGCACAACAGAAGAGAUGACCACUGAACCACCAAUCACGUCACCUUCUUCUACAUCAGAGUCUCCUGAGACACUGACAGCCAUCACAUCUGCAAUGAGCAACACAACAAUUAGUCAGUCAGUGCAGAGCACAAAAGAAGAGAUGACUGAACCAUCAAUCACGACACCUUCUUCCAGUACAGAGCCCCCUGAGACAGUGACAGCCAUCACAUCCCCAACAAGCAACACAACAAUUAGUCAGUCAGUGCAGAGCACAACAGAAGAGAUGACCACUGAACCACCAAUCAUGUCACCUUCUUCUACUACACAGUCUCCUGAGACACUGACAGCCAUCACUUCCCCAACGACCAACACAACAAUUAGUCAGUCAGUGCAUAGCACAACAGAAGAGAUUACCACUGAACUAUCAAUCACGACACCUUCUUCCACUACAGAGCCCCCUGAGACAGUGACAGCCAUCACAUCCCCAAUGAGCAACACAACAAUUAGUCAGUCACUGCAGAGCACAGCAGAAGAGAUCACUUCUCAACCACCAAUCACGUCACCUUCCUCGACUACAGAGUCUCUUGAGACAAUGGCAGCCAUCACAUCCACAACGACUUCUUCCACCCCAGUUGUUCCUCUGAAGUGCCUUAAUGGCGGAGUCUUUGUUGGGGGCCAUUGUAAUUGCAAGUCUCCAUAUACUGGGCUGCAUUGUAAAGAGGCAAUAAAUGAAGUUCAAGCGGAGAUUGUUGUGGUCACAGUCAACGUCUCUGUAGAGGUGCAGAACUGGAAUUUCAUCCCUGAGAUGGCGACUUAUGACUCCAACGCCUUCAAAAGCUUCGUGGAGCACUUUACUGAACAGAUGAACAUCUUCUACAAGAAUGUUCCCGGGUACCAUGGUGUAAAGGUAUUUCGGCUGAGCAAAGGCAGCAUUAUCGUGGACCACGAAGUCUUCCUGAAUGUGCCCUUCUCGGACUUCUAUGCUUCUUAUGACACAUCCGUUAAGGACAUCAACCUGACGCUGCAUAACAAACCAUGCUCUUCCAAUGAGUCAGAAAACUUGUGCUUUACUCCAGGAGCGUUCAGUGUGACACGAGUACCCCUGAACCCUGCAGAUGUGGUGACGGCCGCAGGCUUCAAAGAGGAUUAG